CUCUUGCGCCCCCUGUCAAUCACAGCCAGUACGGAAGCCCGCGAGGCUCGCACUGCCCUCCGCCGCCGUCUCCUAGGUGAGCGCGUAACUUCCCCCCGCAGCCGCCUGGCCCUUCGUCAGCGCUGCCAACGUGGAGCCGGCUGAGGCGAAGGCGGAAGUGUUCUGAGGGAGAGGAGGAGGAGGAGGAGGAGGAGGAGGGAAAGAAGAAGGCCCGCCGCCACUGCAGCAGCAGCAGCAGCAGCAGCAGAGGAACCUCCGGCCAUGGAGAGCUCCUUGGAGAAGAUGGUUGACCCUACUUUAGCAGAAAUGGGAAAGAAUCUGAAUGAGGCCAUGAAGAUGCUUGAAGACAAUCAAAGUAGGAAAAUGGAGGAAGAAAAUGAGAAGAAGUAUACAAGGAAGGAUAUUCCUGGACCACUUCAGGGCAGUGGACAAGAUAUGGUGAGCAUUCUUCAGUUAAUUCAAAACCUUAUGCACGGAGAUGAGGAAGAGGAAUCCUUGCAAUCUUAUCGACUUCAGAACGUUGGAGAACAGGGUCACAUGGCUUUGUUAGGACAUAGCCUGGCAGCUUAUAUUUCAGUGCUGGACAGAGAGAGGUUGAGAAAGCUGACGACCAGGAUCCUUUCAGAUACUACUCUGUGGCUUUGCAGACUCUUCAGAUUUGAAAAUGGGUCAGCGUAUUACCAUGAAGAUGAUCGUGAGGGUCUGUUAAAAGUCUGCAGGCUUGUGAUUCACUUGCACUACGAAGAUUACACCACUGAAGGUUUUAAUGUGCUGUAUAAUAAACAGCCAGUGAUCUACAUUAGUUCUGCAGCCAGAGCAGGCUUGAGCCAAUUUAUUUGCAAUCAGCUUGGCCUGCCCCUUUCGUGCAUGUGUCGAGUGCCUUGUAACACCAUGUUUGGCUCUCAGCAUCAGAUGGAUGUUGCUUUACUGGACAGACUGAUUAAAGAGGACGUUGAGUCUGGAAAGCUGCCAAUAUUACUCGUGGCCAAUGCUGGUACUCCAGGAGCCGGGCAUACAGACAAGCUUGGGCGACUGAAGGAACUCUGUGAGCAGCACAACAUGUGGCUCCAUGUGGAAGGGGUGAAUUUGGCCACUUUGGCCUUGGGCUACGUGUCUUCCUCUGUACUGGCAGCCACCAAAUGUGACAGCAUGUCCCUGACUCUGGGGUCCUGGCUGGGUCUUCCAGCAGUGCCUGCAGUGACCCUCUACCGACAGGAGGAUCCGUCUCUGUCUUUAGCUGCAGGCCUGACCUCAAGUCACUCGGUGGAGAAGCUCCGCGCCCUGCCCCUCUGGCUCUCCUUGCAGUACCUGGGACACGAUGGAAUUGUGGAAAGAAUAAAACACGCAUCUCAGUUGAGUCACCGACUACUGGAAAACCUGAAGAACCAGGAUUUUAUUAAAACUUCGGUCGAAGAUGAACUUAGCUCUCCUGUGGUGGUCUUCAAGUUUUCCCCAGAGCUUCCCCAUGUAGAUCAGAUGUUGCACGCUGGACAGGCACCUUCAUUAACUGGCAAUGAAAGAUACAUCUGUGAUACUUUUAAUCAGUGGCUAGUAGAGCAGUUAGCCCAGCUGGUGCCUGCCAGUGGAGUGGACAUGGUGGAACUGGAAGAUGAAGGCACUUGUGUGCGCUUUAGCCCAUUGCUGACUUCUGCUGUUUUAGGAACUGAAGUGCAAGAUGUUGACCAGUUGGUGGACUGCUUAAAAAUGAAGGUUCCUGUGUUGACUUGCACGCUGCAGCUAAGAGACGAAUUUGAGCAAGAAGUUAAAAGAACCGUAGGCCUGUCUUAUAUUGAAGACCUCAGCUGGCCUGGGCUUGGGGUUGUAAGGUACGAAGGGCAGAAUGAAGACCGACAAGAAAAAGAAGUGGAGAAGAUUAACAGUGGCCUCCUGAAGAAAUUAAAUGAGCUAGAAUCAGAUCUGUUGUUUUCUUCAGGUCCAGAAUUUGGAGGGGAGAAAAAUUGUAUCUAUAUUGGAAUGGUCACGGAGGAUUUAGAUGUGUCUGAGCUGGUUGAAACAAUUGCAGCAACAGGCCGAGAAAUUGAAGAAAAUUCUAGGCUGCUAGAAAACAUGACGGAGAUUGUUCGCAAAGGUAUCCAGGAAGCGCAGGUUCAGCUGCAGAAAGCAAACGAGGAAAGGCUCCUCGAAGAGGGGCUGCUCCGACAGAUCCCUGUGGUGGGCUCUGUGCUGAACUGGUUUUCUCCAUUUCAUGCAUCACCCAAGGGGAGGACGUUCAACCUCACAGCAGGUUCUCUAGAAUCUACAGAGCCCACCUAUGUAUCCAAAGUGCAGGGCACUGGGACCACCCCGCCUCCCACUCCCACAUCCAGCCGCUCUAAACAGUUCCCUGGACAAAAGCUGUUCAAAAGGUCCCUGAGGAGCCCCGACGGAUUUAGCGAGACCAGCUCCGUGACUCACACUGACGAUCUGGAAAAAGCCGAGCCGCGGCCCAGCGCCUCAGCCACCGGCCAGGAGAAUCCAGAACAGAUGGACGAGAAUGCACUUCCGACCCAGAAAAUGGCUGAAGAUUCCCCAGGGGACGGCAAGGUCCAGCCCCUGGGAGACGAAUGCACGAAAUCAGAGGAACAAGAGAGUCUCAGAUAAAGUCCAGAGCCCCGUGCGUUAAGACUUUGUACAGCAAAUGCAGCCCCUCGACUGCCGGGGAGUGCAACAAUCCAUUGAAAAUGUGAACAGUGCCACAGUUAGUACAUAAGAACUACUGUUACUUGUGAUUGACUGGAGAUUUUGCACAGCCAUUCGUGUGGAAGAAGUGGUCGGUUUACUCCCCCAACACCCUCCUUUCCCCUCACUGUGGGGCCAGGGCCUUGUUUGUGUUGCUCACUUCUCCCAGUUGCUUUGGGGUUCAUAAUGCCAAGGUAGUAGGAGUGUAAUUCUGGACAUGUUGAAGAAGCUUCUGCUGGAAUUGUGCUGCUGACAGUUACAGCUUGACUUCAGCUGGAAUUGUAAAGCAUGAUUUUCUCUCUAUUAUUAUUUUUUAACUGCUUUGCCCAGCCAGCUCUUGAUUUUUAAGCUGAAGGCUCCUUUGCACUUGAUGGUGCUAGUCUUAGAUUUCCAACUCUGUUGAAUAAACCGAGCAGUUACUAAUGAUCACUUUUAAAUUCCCAUUUUAAUCGCUUCAUCAGCAAAACAAGCCUGAAAUCCUCUUCACUGGGCUUUUAAGCUCACACUUUUGACUGUUUUAUUUUUAAAUGUUUGGUGUGUAUGGCAUCUCUAGUUUUGCUAUCAUUUCUUUUUUUUUAGCUACUGCAGGAUUUUUUAGAUGCUGCAGGAAGCUUGUUCCAUUCUCGCAAGACCUAAAACAUCAUUAGGACUUCAGGUUCUUCUGGCCUGAGGGUCUCUUGCUAUAACCACUCUUGCUAACUUCUAGGAACUGCUUCACUCACACAUUCAUUUUUCCUGCCUCCUUUUCCAUACCCACUUGGAAAAGUUUGCACCAGAGAAACGGCCAUCAGCCUUGUGUUGUGUUUCCUUUUGAAAGAUGUUAGUGAAACACUUGAGCUGACAUAUCACAUGUCUGUGAUGUUUCAUAUACUGAAAGUCUGGAUUCUUUAAAACCAUAGCAUACAUUUGUUAGAUAUUGUAAAUAUCCAGAGAAAUUGUUAGGUUAUAUACACUGCUGCACUAUUUAAAAACAAACACAGAACACUGAGCUAACUUUUGUAUCCAAGAUCAAAUUUCAGAGACCUGUUUCUUCUCGCCCCCACCCACUCCCCACCGUAAUUAUGAUUCCACUUCAAUGGCUACUCUAGUUAAGUUCUUCUGAGCUUUAGUUUAAUUCUGCAGAAAGAAAAUGCCUGGAGAAACUUAAUUCUAAGAGUCCUUGAUCAGUUGUUUUGAAGCCUAGGUGGUUAAAAAUGCAUCUUAGCAUCUUGAGAAUGAACAAAUGCAUCUGAAGGACCUUCCAUGUCGUUGAUGGUUAUGCCUUCCUCCCCAUGCUUGCUUGUUUGUGUGAACUAAAUCUGCUCCCGUGCAACUGGAGAGGGUUAAUUCCAUCCAAGCACAGAUAAUGAGUUGAGUGGCUGGUUUUGUUGCUAUGAACAGGGCAAGGGAUGGUUGCAAAGGCGACAGCAAAGGCUUCAUGUGGGUACAGCGGGAGAAGAGACUUGUUUGGAAGCUACCUCGGGCCUGCCCAACUUAGCCCCCUUCAGCUGUUUUUGAACUACAACUCCCCUAAUCCCCAGCCACAGUGGCCAAUAGCCAGGGAUUAUGGGAGUUGUAAGCCAGCAUCUGUAGGAGGGCUGAAGUUGAGCAGCCCUGGCUUUCAUUCAGCACCCCACCAUGCUGGUUUUGUGUGAGUCCAUACUGCCUCAUCACUGUUAGCGAACACAGAGAGCCUCCGUGGAGCCCAAGGCCUGCCUCAGAGCUGCCGUGACAUGGCUCCUGUUGUUCCCAUUGGGAGAAGCAUCAAUGCAGCUCUUAGGCCCCAUGCAGGCUCGUAGCAGCAACUUGGUUUGGACUCCUGCAGAGCCAUUAGUGGGACACUGUACUAUAUGCAAGCCAAUGGGCAGAGCUCUGCUUUGAAAGCCGAAAAAUCCAGCACAGAGGGCCAGUGUCUCUUAUUCUCCCUGCCACUUCCAGAAGACCUGGAAUGUCAUGGAGGUCCCAAGUUUCCCCACCAUCAGCGAUCACUGACAUAGACCAGGGCUGCACAACUUCAGCCCACCAGCCGCUGGGCUACAAAACCCAUCACACCCAGUCACAGCCGCCAGUAGGCAUGAUGGGAGCAAAGUGCAGCCCUGCUGUAGCCAUUGGGUGGAGAAAUGGAGACAAACCAUGUGACGGCAUAGCACAAGUUUAAGUCCUGCUAGGGUGGAAGUUCUCGAGCCUGGGUCCCCAGCUGUUGCUGGACUACAAUUCCCAUCAGCCCCAGCCACACUAGCCUUUGGCCACUGUGGCAGGCAAUGGUGAGAGUUGCAGGUCAACAUCAACUAGGGACCUCCGUUUGGAGGACUCCUGUGCUAAGGAGGAUGAAGGCAGAAGCAACGUUUUUUGACUGUGUGCUAGAACAGUCUUGUAAUAUUCAAUGUUUUCUUUGUUGGCGCAUAUCUGACAUGAGCCAAACAGUAAAAGGGAUUCAGCAUUGCCUUGACGUGUUUUUGAGGACUUUUGUUGGAUUAAAUCUACAGCCAACUCAUCAUCUUGUCUAAAAGGGACUGCAAACCCUUCAGAAAAAUGUGGACAAGCUCCAUAAGUUUUGCUGUUUUCCAAAUAAGGGUGAACUUUUAAAGUGCAAAUUUUAAUUCUUGUCUUCCUUUUACAGUUUAUUUGGUGCAAUGAAUUAUAUUAACUUGGGUACAUUGUGGGGAAGGGGUUAAAGUUAUAAUUGUUAAUGCAAAUUUUAAUGUUUUUAUAACUGAAAUUGUUAAGCUGGCAGUUUUGCUGGCAUGCAGAGACUUAGAUACUUCCCAAACGCUUCAAUAAAGGGUUCUUCCAAUUGUUAAA